GUGGGGGAGAAGAAGAGGAAGAAGACAAAAAAACGGAAGAACAAGAACCACCAUAGGAAGGCGUGUCCUUGCAGAGGGGAGCCAAAGAAAGGACUACGAUUCCCAUAAGGCUCUGCGCCCAGCGUGCUGGUUCUCCCGACUUGCCCCGCGCACCUCACCCGCCAGCUUUUGCUUUAGCCUGAGCGUCUGAGAUGGAGAACCCAGAGGAAGCUGCGGACGGGAAACACCGCGUGCAUCUGCGCCCGGGCUCGCUGCGCGACGCCGCGCCGGCUGCUCUGCACCUCCUGCCCUGCGAGGUUCUGGUGAGCCGGCCCGCCCCGGUGGAACGCUUCUUCACGCCCGCCGUGCGUCGCGGUGCGGACGGGCUGCGGGUGUCAUUUCGCGGUCGUGGCCUGCGGGGUGAGGAGGUAGCUGUGCCGCCGGGCUUUGCGGGAUUCGUGAUGGUGACAGAGGCGGUGGGACAGGGGCCGAUAGGGAAGCCGAACUUCCCUGGGGACGCGGAGGACACAGCGGACGAGACACCGGAGCCGCUGGAGCGGGACUUCGACCGCUUCAUCGGAGCCACCGGGAGCUUCAGCCACUUCACCCUGUGGGGUCUGGAAACGGUCCCUGGCCCAGACGCCAAAGUGCACAGGGCCCUAGGUUGGCCCAGCCUCGCUGCAGCGAUUCACGCACAGGUGCCUGAGGACUGAGGGACAGAGCAUGAAAAGGAAAACCACAGCUCCCUUCACACCAGUAAGCCAGCAACAUGUUCACUUUGGAGCUACUGUUUCUAUCCCAAUAAAUGAACUUCACACCACCUGGGAGUCUGCAGGCACCUUAGUGCCCCGAAGCUGGCAUUGCAUGGCACGCACAGCAAGAACUUCUGAUAGCUGUGUCUAUAUAAACAGUUUAUUGCUGGGGGCAAGAGGGGCCAGAACUUUGCAACCAGCGCCCACCCCACCUUCCAGCUCCUCCUUUACAAAAGAAAUUUUUACAAUCACCAGUCCUCUGUACAGAAUGCUCCCCACCCGUCUUAAGUGUACACAGCUGCCUGGAUCCCUCUGGUCCCUGUGUUCAGAGCAGACCUGGGCCAAUAAGCCAGCUAUCCUUGGAGAUGGCCUAGCCCUGAGCUUGUCUUGGUACUGGCCACUGCUUGGGGCCUCCUAGGCCUCUCCUCCUUUGGGAGAACGGUCCUCAGCCCUGUCUCCCUUUGCAUGCCUCUUCGAAGCCCGAAUGGGGUAAGACAGCAUGUCAGCGCCAGCUCUCUUGGUGCUGCAAUGGGUAGUGUCUGGUCACCACUUUCCUCUCUUGCUCCAGUCUUUGGGAGUGAAGUGCAGACACUUGGAGUCAAUUCGAAGGAGCCGCUUGAGCAUAGCCCGCUCAUGCCCAUCCACGAUGUCUUCUGAAAGUGUGAGGAUAUACUGGCCCUGGGCAAGACAGAAACCCAGCUUGUGGUCAGCUCAGAGGGCCUGCAACCCGUAGCCCUCACCUAUCCCCUCAGCAUGCCUCCUAACCUUGUAGUAAUUGAUGAGAUUGAGAUACUGCAGUGUAGAGAUGACAUCUUCUUUCUUGAUGCUGGUGAUUUCACUGAUCUCACUGUGGGACGGCAACAGUUAGUCCCCUGAGGCUAUUCAUCUGCCCCCAGGACCAUACAAGCCAUACCAUGCACCCCAAGGUGGGCAUGUGGGCUCACUUGAUGGUGAUCUGUGGCCUCUCCCCGCUCUCCGACUUCAGCCCCAUCAGGAUCUCCAAGAUGGUUUGAGACCAGUAACUCCGGUAGGAUAGGAGGCCAAGAUCUGACAAGGGUUUCUCGGGAGUCCCUGUCUUCCCUUCUACUUUAGAGAGUUCAUAACCUAAAGCAGUGGAGUACAAGAGGCUGAGUGAGCAUCACAAGUGUGCACAGCAGACCGCAGCGCUAGGCCGUCUGGCUGCCUCACCCACGCUUGGUAACGGACUAGUGGCUUCCCUGCCUGCUGAGUAUGGGAGCACACUAUGACUGGGUCCUUGCCAGCCAGUGGAAGCUGCUGAGAUGGGAGGCUAGAUUUUCACUGCCCUCCCAGCCUGUGCCUGGGUGUAUGAGGAGGCUGGUAGGGAGUCCGUUGUAGUCUGAGAACACUGGAACCUUUUCGGUGUCAUCAAGAUCCCUAGCUGUGAUCCUGGGAGUGUCAGCUACUCUUAAUACCAGGAUGUGCUGGGUGGUUAAUGAUGAGCCAGGAAAGCAUAGAGGUGCCUCCUCAGAGCCAAGUAACUAACCUUUAGUUACUCGUCCCUCUUACUUGUGCUGACUACCAGACAACUAACAUUCACGGUGAGACACUUAGGCUGUGCAGAGCUGAUAGCUCUUUAUUUUGUUAGGGCCCUGGGGAAGUGUGUCCUUGUUAGUUUGGAAAACCUUUCCUUACCCUCAGCUAUCCUGACCUCAUAACGGUCCCUGACACUUUCCACUCCUGGUUACAUCUCAGAUGCUGGCUAGUCUCACCCUCUCUGCUCAAGCACCCUUGACAAGAGGGACCACAAAGGCUGGUGUCUGGGAAGAGGAAACAAAGGGAAGCCCGUGAAUCCCUGACUGUAUUCAAUGACUGCCUCCAUACCCAUUUAUCUAAUGGUGCUUCUGUGUCCUACUGGACACAAGAAGGUACAUCUUAGUGGUCUAUCCUUUGCGUGUCCUUUCAGCUAUUACCAGGAUGUUUCCAGAGAAUGUGAUUCUCAACUUGGAACCAUUUAAUCAAUAAAAUAUUCCAAACAGA